AUCGGCGUGGACUGGGACCGUCCUGUCUCCACGCACCGUGUGCCGCGACCGCACGCUGUCAGAUCUGGGAGAACCGUGGAGUUUUUCCAAAGCGACGAUCAGGACUCACAAACAUGCAGCAGCUGAUUUGUUGACACAGAAGAAAGGAGGCGUCGGGCGCUGAGACGGAUCUGAACUGGCUAAUUCUUCUGUGUGCUUCAAAGAGCCGAGGAGCCUGAGGAUCAGACGUUAUUGUGGAUCUUAGGUUGACAAAAUGAAGACCAGAGAAGAUGUAAAAAUAAUCAACCAGGGUCUGGAGGAUGAGAUGGAAGUCAGCGGAUACCGGCCCUGUCUGUGGAAGCUGGUCCUGGUUGGAGUGGGUGCAGUUUGCUCUGGGGGUCUCCUCCUCCUGCUGCUCUACUGGCUGCCAGAGUGGGGCGUCAAGGGGACUUGCACACACACGUCUCUGAGCGAUGCACACACCCUGCUGCUCAGAACCAAGGACGAGUUCAGGCAGUGGUUUCGAGUCCGAGUCCACAGAAUGCUGGCUCCAGGCAGGAAGCCCUUUGAGGAGUUGGAUGUAAAACCCAGAAGUCAACUCGCAAACGGAAACUUCGGUCAUCAGGUCUGCUCUGUUCAAGAUGAACAGCUUCCCCAGGAGCAGCAGGUUCAGAUACAAUACUUCACACACCACAGCUUUAGAUACUACUGGAAUGAUGCCAUCCAGAACUUUGCAUUCUAUCAAGGCCUGGAGGAUGUGAAGGUGAGCUGUGCCCACAUCCACUGCGAACACAGCCGUGGGCUGACCAAAGCACUGCAGGACUACAGGAGGUUGUUUUUCGGGGAGAAUGAGAUCGCUGUGAGAGUCCCCUCUCUGUUCAAGCUUCUCGUCAAGGAGGUGCUGAAUCCCUUCUACGUCUUCCAGCUCUUCAGUGUUGUUCUGUGGAGCGCCGAAGACUACUACUAUUACGCCACAGCCAUCGUUUUUAUGUCGGUCAUAUCCAUAGCUACCUCACUGUACACCAUCAGGAAGCAAUACGUGAUGCUGCACGACAUGGUGGCGUCUCACAGCGUGGUGCGAGUGUCGGUUUGCAGAGGAGACAAAGACACAGAACAGGCCAUGUCGACGGAGCUCGUGCCCGGUGAUGUCAUCGCCAUCCCGGCCAAUGGGAUGGUGAUGCCGUGUGACGCCGUGCUUUUCCAAGGGACCUGCGUUGUGAACGAGAGCAUGCUGACAGGCGAAAGCGUUCCAGUGACCAAAACCAGUCUGCCCAGUUCGGGCGACGAGGCAGCGAGGAGCUACAGCAUGGAGGAACACAAGAGACACACGCUGUUCUGUGGAACCCACGUCAUCCAGACCCGAUUCUACGCUGGCGAGCUGGUGAAGGCCGUGGUGAUCCGAACAGGCUUCAGUACAGAGAAGGGCCAGCUGGUGCGCUCCAUUCUCCACCCUAAGCCCACAGACUUCAGGCUGUACCGGGACGCCUACCUCUUCCUGCUGUGUCUGGUCGGCGUGGCGGGCAUCGGCUUCGUCUACACCAUCGUCCUCAGCAUCAUUAACAAGGUUUCAGCUAAAACCAUCAUCAUCGAGUCUCUGGACAUCAUCACCAUCACCGUUCCGCCGGCCUUACCGGCAGCCAUGACAGCCGGCAUCGUGUACGCACAGCGGCGUCUGAAGCGCGUCGGCAUCUUUUGCAUCAGUCCUCAGAGGAUCAACAUGUGCGGCCAGCUUAACCUGGUCUGCUUUGACAAGACUGGCACCCUCACUGAGGACGGAUUGGACCUGUGGGGCAUCCAUAGGGCAGAACAUGGCAGCUUUGUUGCUCCGGAGCCGGGCCCAGCUGAGGAGCGCCUGGUGAAGAGCGCCUUCGUGGCCUGCAUGGCAACGUGUCACUCUCUCACCAAAAUAGAGGGAGAGCUCUCCGGAGACCCUUUAGAUCUGAAGAUGUUUGCCGCCACAGGCUGGGUCUUAGAGGAGCCGACAGAAGAAGAAACUGCUCUUCAUAAUCCGCUGAUGCCCACAGUGGUCCGACCUCCAAAGCGAGCCGUCACCAGAGACGGUCAGAGCCAGUCGCAAGUCCAGAACAUGUCCUGUGAGAUGGGCAUAGUGCGACAGUUCCCCUUCUCCUCGGUGCUGCAGAGGAUGAGCGUGGUGGUCAGGAGGCUGGGGGACAAACACAUGGAAGCCUUCCUGAAGGGGGCACCGGAGGUCGUGGCUGGCUUAUGCAAACCGCACUCAGUCCCACAGAGUUUCACUGAGACUCUGGAGAGUUACACCAGGCAGGGCUUCAGGGUGAUUGCACUGGCACACCGACAGCUGGAGUCCAAAUUGUCCUGGCACAAAGUCCAGACGCUCAGCAGUUUUUUUUUCCUCAGGGAUCUGAUAGAGACCAACAUGGAAUUCCUCGGAUUGAUCGUCAUGCAGAACAAAAUCAAACCGGAGACGGCUGGCGUUCUGACUGAGCUCCGGAGGGCUAACAUCCGCACUCUGAUGGUCACAGGGGACGACAUGCUGACUGCCGUCUCUGUGGCUCGAGACUGCGGCAUGGUCCGUUCACACGAGAACGUCAUCGUCGCUGACGCUGCGCCCCCCAGAGACUCACGCCCCCCCUGCAUCACGUGGCGAUACGUGGACAAACCCGCUCAGACCGCCAGGGACGAUCAGACUGCACAGAUCCUCGUGGAGGAGAUGUAUCACUUCGCUCUGAACGGUAGAGCCUUUGCUGUUAUCACAGAACACUUUCCUCAGCUAAUACAGAAGCUCGCGCUAAGAGCCACAGUGUUCGCGCGCAUGGCGCCAGACCAGAAGACCCAGCUGGUGGAGAUCCUGCAGGGCAUUGACUACAUUGUUGGAAUGUGUGGCGACGGCGCCAACGACUGUGGGGCCCUGAAGAGAGCACACAGUGGGAUUUCUCUGUCUGAGUUAGAGGCGUCGGUCGCCUCUCCCUUCACUUCCUCCACCUCCAACAUCUCCUGUGUCCCUAACCUCAUCAGGGAGGGACGAGCCGCCCUCAUCACGUCGUUCUGCGUCUUUAAGUUCAUGGCUCUCUACAGCAUCAUCCAGUACAUCAGUGUCAUUUUGCUUUACUGGAUCCUCAGCAACUUGGGAGACUUCCAGUUUCUCUUCAUUGACCUCGUCAUCAUUCUCAUCAUCGCCUUCACAAUGAGUCUGAACCCAGCGUGGAAGGAUCUGGUGAGGCAGCGUCCUCCGUCCAGUCUGAUCUCAGGCCCACUGCUCUGCUCGGUUCUGACCCAGAUCCUCACCUGCCUGGCCUUCCAGGUCUUGGCUUUCUACUUGGUGCAACAGCAGAGCUGGUAUGAAAGAUGGACGCCUCAGUCAGACGCCUGCAACGUCUCCCGACCCAGCAGCUUCUCCGACCGCCGGAACGGAACAGCCUCUCACGACCACAAAAACAUCCGCAAUUACGAGAACACCUCCCUCUUCUACGUGUCGUCCUUCCAGUAUUUAGCCGUGGCUAUCGUUUUCUCCAAGGGGAAGCCCUUCAGGCAACCGAGUUACAAGAACUGGCCGUUCAUGCUGUCCUGUGUCGGUCUCUACUCUUUUCUCCUCUUCAUCAUGCUGUACCCCAUCAGUGCUAUCGAUAACUUUCUAGAGAUCGUGUGUGUUCCACAUGACUGGCGCGUUACUCUGGUCAUCGUUAUUGCAGCGAAUGCCGUUGUGUCUUUCAUAUUGGAGAUUUUGAUCGUUGACAUCAUCUUGUGGAGGCUUGUUUUCAGAGGAAGUCAGGGGGCAAAUGGCCCCAGAGAGUCCUCCUCUGGCGACACACCACAGGUUGCUAAUGACAGCUGGGGCGCGUUGUUCCUGUCCCGGUUGUUCUGUCGGAGGAACAAGCCGCCGAAGGUUCUGUACAGACACCUGGCCCUGGAGCUGCAGGACGACGCCGACUGGCCCCCCAAGCCCUCUACUGUCACAUACGCCGCUGAAGCACAGCCCCACAUCUCUGCGACUCUCUGAUCCCUGCAGGAGGCGGAGCCUGACAUGUCCUACUGAUACAGACUAACACACACACACACACACGCACGCACUCAUGGUCUCCUACUUGAUGUCCUUCAUUCUUACCCGCCAUAUCAAAGUGAACUAAACUCUGAAUCCUGGGUUGAGCCAGAGGUCUUUCCAUUUUUGGAGCCUUGUAUGCUAAUGCUAAUGCUAUGGAGAAACUGUCAUGCAUCAUACUUGAAUGUCCUAAUGAGUGCAGAAAUGACGAGCAUACCGGAAAAAAUGGCUUGCCCUCAUGCAGAUUUCAUCUCUUUUGUUGUCACAGUUACAUGUUUCAGAUCACCAAACAGACAAAGAUAACCUGACUAAAUACAAAGUGUUCAACAGACGUAUGUAAAAGGUAAAUUACUCCUGAGCCUAAGAACCGCCUGAUCUGGGUUGCGCAAAACCUUGCCGAUAUUCCCCUAAUUGAAAAAACAAGCACAAUUUUGCAAAUGCGGGGUUUCCAUUAAAUAAAAAAAAUGCAAUUAAAAUCACAGGUGAAUAUGUUUGUUCAGGUGAUGAGUCAUUAAAAAUCAUUCCUCGCCAUCAUCCUCCAACUACUUCCUGUUGACUUCUUCAUGGUUUGCGCCGAUGGGAACAUCUGGUUGUUGAUCAUGUGACUUCUGUGAUGCAAAAAAAACCAAAAAAAAAAAACAAAAGUGUUCCCACUGCAGUUUUGCGAAAUAAAACAAUUUCAGUACGGCUAAGAAAAUUCCCUCCACCUCACCUUACCCCAAACCUUUCAUCGAAAAACGAGAUUUUUUUUCCUUCAGUGCCUUGUUUCCAUUUAGCUAAACUGUUUUCAUAACGUCAAACUGCGUAACUUUACGGUCAAUGGAAACACAGCUUGUUUUACCUGGAGAGACAACAACAGCCUUCAAGAACUGCUGAUAAAUUUUUCUACAUGACUGUAAAAGAGUUGUGGUUCGCUCUUUUCGGCAGAAUUCUUGAAUUGAGUCAAACUGGAAAGUUUUUUAGCAUAUACGCCCAAAGGUCUCAUGACUGUUUGAUGUACACUGGAAGUAAUUUUCAAUUCAAUCCAGCUUAUUUAUAAUUCACGACACAAGGUUAUUUCAGCGACAAUCGCCUGCGCUGUGUCAUUAACUUUACCGCAAUCCCUCAGACCGAUCAUGCAUGUAGCGACAGUGGGGAGGAAAAACUCCCUUUAACAGGAAGAAACUUCCAGCAGAACCAAAACCUGGCUCAGUACAAGCAGCUGUCUGCCUGGGGGCGUGACAAGACAGAGCAGAGACACAAAACAGAAACAGGAGUAACUUCAUUGUUAAUAAAACGUAAAAAUUAACAGCAGGAGAGGGAGAACGAUUAGUUGAUGGCAGUAUUAUCUUCCAGGACGGAGUCACAGCCAAACAGAACGCCAGACCAGGCGUGGCCUCUAUGGAGAGAAGAAAACAGACAUUUCAAAGUUGAGAUUAAAUAUCAAUGAAGUUUGUUUCUCACCACUUUCUGGACUGUUUUAGAUGGGGACGUGUUGUGUUGCUUUUCGGGGUCUCUGUGUGCCUCAUGUUGUCAGGCAGGUCCUGCUGUUGGCAUUUCUGCAAGCAGGUGUGGAACUAACCAGGCCUGGUUGUGGUUAGUAAAACUGAACCAAAAAAUAAAAAUAAAAAAACAACAAAGAAAAAAAACCUGGUUAAUCACAGUUAAUUCAUCACAAGAUGAACGUUUACUUUUUCACAUAGCAGCAGGUCAGUUAGAACAGCUUCCUGAAUGAAAUCAUCCCUUUCUGUAUUUAAUCAGGUUUUCUGUCUGAUGUCAAAAUUGGCUUGUUGGUUUGAUGAUCUGAAAUAAAUCAAACUACAGUAAGGGGCAAAUCCUUUUUUUUUUUUUUUUUUUUACAGUUGUGAGGUUUAUAUUUUAUA